AGUGACGUCACGUUAAAGCGGAAGUGUUUCGACAGUGAGCGGCAGAAGUUUACCCACAACUUUGCAAGGGGAGUUUAUUGACAAGAGAUUAGUCUGAUAUUUUAUAGUCGCUGUUUUAAACAAAACCACAUAGAAACGCCAAAUUUUGUCCAGUAGCCGCUCAUCACGUAGAGUUUUUGAGGCUUGUAUUUGUGUUUAUUGGUACUGUUUUACUACGUGCAGCACUUACCAAGGUUGGGGUUGCUGCCAAUAUUGUCACAGUUAUUGUUUUAAAUCUUGCUAUGAUUCUACCUGAGACGUCAGUGUGUAUUUUACAAGGUAUUUUGUGCCAUGUUUGGCUUUAUACCAUACCAACGUAUUGCUAGAGUAGCUAGCUUGUUAAGAAAACGAGUGCUGCUACGAAAACAAAAUUGGGUUAAACCAAACAAAACUUUGUUCCUAUUGUCGACUCAAGCUGUUCUAAUGGCUACACUGACGGACUUUGAACCCUCAACAAAGAGACAAAGGGUUGAAGCAGAAACUCCGUCUUCAUCUUCCCAGAAAGGCUCAGCUUCAUGCAGUCAUGGAACAAGUAAUGAGACCCCAGACGAAGGAAAAAGCGAGAACAAAACAGAGAGAAAGCUAGAUAUGCAACCAAAAACCAGAGCAAAUGAUUUGCGAGGUGUGAAAGGAAAGAAAAUUGGAGCCAAUUUUCAACAGAAGCCCUUAAACACUCUUGAAGGUUGGUUGGUUAAGCCUUCAAAAUGUGUUGCCACAGCUGAAGCAAGUCAAACUCAAGAGGAUGUUGAAAUGCUUGGUGAGAGUAGUGUUGAAACUCCUUUAGCGCCGUCUCCAGAAGGCAAGAUCACUGGAAUGUCUUCCUCUGAUCUGGACGAGGAAACCCAAGUUUUAACUCCACCAGACAUCGAGCAGGACUCUUCCGUCUCACAGUUUUCUGCAGAUUCUGGAGGGCAGACACUCUCUCAUAAUGAUGAUGGAUUGGAAAAGCAAGAAAAGGAAAGAUGCUCAGGGGACUCUGUUAAGCAUAAAGUGAAAAUAACAGAUUUUUUCUCAGGACAUUCAACACAGAAUCUACAAUUGAAGAGGAUUAAGCCAGAUAAAUCUCCAGAAGAAAAAGACACAGACCCUUCUGCUGAUGCGAGAUGGUUGGGGACUCCUAUCAGUGCUCUAAAGAGAAUGCCAGAAUGCGGUGGGGAGCCUCCUCCACUAAAAGAUAUCCCCGGAAAGCACACUGUGAUGAUAAUGGCAGGCCUCCUUCACAAAGGAACUGCUCCCAUUCCUUCUCCUGCCAAGUUUCAGGAUACUUGGGAUGAUGUCCAUGUUAAGAUGCCCUGCUCCAAGGAGAACCUGUUUCCUGUAAUAGAUGAGGACACGCAAGAACAGCAGAAUAAAAGCCGAUGGGAACUCAUCAAGGAAACUUUAAACAAGAAAUUCACAAGUGCAUAUGAACUAAAGAAAGCAUUAUUGAAAUACAACGCAUCUAGUGCUAAAAAAUGGGACUUCACAGCAUUAAGUUUAUACUGUUGUAAGGUCCUGGAGCCUGAUGCUGCUGAACAUCUGUUUAACUCCCUGCUGCCAGACAUGGUGCAAUUAGCAAUGAGAGCAUCUGAACUGUGCACCAAGCCAAUACCUCUCCUGAAAAGAGGCAUGAAUCACUCCAUCACCAUGUCUCAGGAGCAGGCGGCGUGUCUGCUCGCCAAUGCCUUCUUCUGCACCUUUCCUCGACGGAACUCCAGAAAGGCAGAGUACUCCAACUUCCCAGAUAUAAACUUCUUCAGACUGUUUGAGGGAUCCUCUCCAAAGAAGAUAGAAAAGCUGAAAACACUGAUGUGUUAUUUUAAAAGUGUUACUGAACAAAAGCCUAUUGGACUUGUCACAUUCUCACGAAAGGUUUUGGACAAAUCUCCCGUCUGGAGAAGUUCACAGACUCAGCUUACUAAACUGCACAUCACAUGUGAUGGAACCAUUGAAGAUGAUGGGUCUGGGAUGCUUCAGGUGGAUUUUGCCAACAAAUUUGUGGGAGGAGGGGUCACAAGUACCGGUCUGGUUCAGGAGGAGAUCCGGUUCCUCAUAAAUCCCGAGCUGAUCGUUUCUCGCCUUUUCACCGAAGCGCUGGAUGACAAUGAAUGUCUGAUAAUUACAGGAACUCAACAGUUCAGUAAAUAUACAGGCUAUUCCCAGACCUACCAGUGGGGCGGCAGCCACCAAGAUGCAACUCCAAGGGAUGGCUGGCAGAGAAGAUGCACAGAGAUUGUGGCCAUUGAUGCCAUGCAGUUCAAGAACUUUCUUGAACAGUUUCAUCCUGACAAAAUUACCCGAGAACUUAACAAGGCUUACUGUGGUUUUUCCCGUCCUGACACCGACAGUAAAAACCUGGCUGCAGUGGCAACAGGCAACUGGGGCUGUGGAGUUUUUGGAGGGGACACGCGUCUGAAAGCUCUCCUCCAGAUGCUGGCAGCUGCUGAGGCGGGCCGGGAUGUAGCUUAUUUCACCUUUGGUGACAAUCGACUCAUGACAGAUGUCAACAACAUGCACUCCUUCCUCACCCAGAGGAACAUCAGCGUUGGGGAAGUGUUUGACCUGCUGGGGCAGUACUACAGCUCGGUGUGUAAAAGCUGCCUGAUUCGGCGCCCCAGCGUCAGCCUCUACGACUUCAUCUACCAGCAGGUUGGCUGCUCGCCGGCGUCUGAUGACUCCAGCUAGGUUAUACCAGACAACAUGUUCUGAUGGGUAUCCAUUAAGUCCUUGCAGCUGUAGAGUCAUCACUCCUCCAGGAAUGAAAACAUCCUUAUAACUGCCUUAAGGUGAAUUUCUGAAUAUGUUUUUAUGUAUUUAGCUGUAAGAAUGAUAAAAUGUGGCUUUAAUCACUGAGUACGAACAAUUCAAUACUCUUUAAAAACAAACACCGGAACUGCCUAAGUAGAUAAAGUGACCUUCCUUGUGUUUAGUUUGCUGAAUUAGUAAUAUGGUUUUAGAAUGCCUGUCCUCAUAAUGCAGCUAUGAUAUGAAAAGUGAAGGAAAUACGGAUAAAGUCUUCUUAGUUUGUCGUUUUUCUUUUUUCUUUUCUCAACCAAGUCAAUGAAGUCAAUGUAAAUUAUGUAGAUGGAAAAAAAAAAAGGGCAAAAAAAAUCUCAAAAGCCCAUUUUGUUUAAAAAGCAACAUAAAUUGUCGUGAAAUAACUUCUUAUCUUGUACAUUGCUUUUGUUAGGAUUAUAGUUGGUGUUUGUGAUUUGCAUGAAAACAUUUUUUUGUGUGAACCAUUCUCAUUUCUUUGAUUUCUUUGAUUUUUCUUUCCCUUUAUAAUAAAUUAAGAUUAAAUUUUUAGUUCACGUAGUCUACUAUUUUUAUUUGGCCAAUAACUUGGAUGAAACUGCUUUUAUUUCCCAUGAAUGUUGCAGACGGAAUGGGUUUCUCUGCUGCAUUUUAAUUUCUCUUUGUCAGCUAUUGCUUCACUCUUUCACUAGCAGUUUAAUAAGGUCACACCCUUCAUAUCAACUGUAAAGGACACCUCGUUAGAGAUUGGAUCGCAGAACAUCCUUUUAGGAAGUGAAGUUUGAAAUGUGAUUUCUAUGAUUCAACUUUUUUGGGGGGUCAUCAAAAGCCAGUUUUACCUGUAAUAUUUGUUUAUAUGGUAGUGAUAGAAAAAAAACUCUGGCUCAUUUUUGUUAUUUAUGGUAAUUAUAGUGAAUAUUUUAUAUUCAUGAGCUACAAAAAUAAUAUCUAGGAUCUCCAGUUACAAAAAAAGUAAUCUAAUGAUCCUAUUGGUUAAAAGACCAAUUGUUUUCUGGACUGAAUGUGCUUGUUGUAGAGUGUGGAGCUGUUUGUCUUCUCUGUAUCAGGGCCUGAUGAAAGGAGUCUCUUUGUUGCUUGCUGAGUUCAAAAUAAACCUUUGGUGGCAUCUCUCCGAAGGGGAUCCACCACAGACACACAGGAGGAUCCCACUGAACUGAUCCCUCCACAGGGGGCGUCAUGGGGGUUUUUGACCUUUAGGUGACUGUCUGCCAUAAAAUCAAGAAGAUGCAGUCACUUGUUUUCAGACAUGAACUUCAUUUACAAGUUGAAUAAUUGGUUUUAUAAGGUUUGAUCUGCCAUUAACAUGUUUGUGUGUUUAUAAUAGUAAAGAGACAUUAUCUCCAGCUUUGAGGAUUUUUGGAGUGUUUCUCAGCACAAUCUCCAAACUCCAGUGCCUCCACCUUUAACAAACGCUUGAUUGAUACUGUGUUCGUGCUUAAAUAUGAAAAAUUCAGUCUUUCAUAAAAACAAAAAAAUAUCUGACAGCACAAAGGGACAAACACUUAAAAAAAACUCUGAAAAAAUACAACUGUUCACAAAAUAAAGGUAAAAAACUAACUUUCAUGAGUUACACAUUUUUAUUAUUUCAAUUGGAGAUGAACUGAGUAUUACUGUUAAAUUUAUCAUAAUUUGGGGCUAAUUACAUAUAAGGGUGACUAACUUUGGAAACCGUGUUCACCUUGUAAUGUUUCUGUGCAGGAAAGCAGUUUUAAAGACGGUGAUCAAAAUCUAUGUGCCAAAACAAUAACGGAAAAGAAACUGAUGAUGUGGCAAAUUGCACGUAGAAAAUCACUUUGAUGCAACACUGUGAUAAAUCACUACAAGUCAUAUGCUUAAAGCAUGAUAAAUCAGUUAUGCUAUUGAACUUGAUCACUUAAGACUUAUAGCAACCACUUUUUUUUAGAUGUAGCACAAGCUCUUGGGUUUUGGUGGAAUUCCUGAGGAGAUGUGUUUUUUUGGGCAAAGAUCUUUUAUGUUCAGGUCUUUGAGGAUCCUCGCUUUUGCAAUGAAGAUGAGCUAAACACAAAAAAACACUAAGGUCGUAUAGAGUUUGAAAAUGGCUUUACAAUUAAUCACUUAAUCCAAGUGAAUUUCGUCCCUUGGCUGAAGAUUCCUGCAGUGUUGAAUCAUGGGUACAAAUUAGACGUAUUAUCACUCAUUGAUUAAAUAUUGAUAUGUUUACUGAAACCCAAGGGGCGGUGGCCUUUUUGGGCACUCACGCCCAUUUGUCAACACUUUUAAGUGGUUCUUGGUUUUAUUUAGGUUUUUUUUUUCUGAUUUUCCUGUAAUCGAAGUAACUGACUUGUUAAAAUAAACUUGCAGCAUGUCUGGUCUUUGGGGACAAGACUGAUCUACAAAUUAUUUUCAUCUUAAAACAUUAUUUAUGCGAUGUAAACACUAUUUAUAUUAGAAGAGAUGCUUGAUGCCAAAAUGGCAUUUUAUACGAGAUCAAAUUGAAAAACAGGCUAAUCUAGAUCUAAAAAGAUACAUUUCAAUGACCAGUCAUCAGCAAACCUAAUGUUUUUAUAGGAUUCUCUCAAGGUGACUAAAAUAUCGCGAACAGAUCUUUGCAGAAGACAUGCUUAAAGUUUAAAAUUACAUUUUCCUAAUCAGAGUGUUUUACACUGAGGUGAUUAGGCUCCUGGCCAACUCCCAUUAAUCUGUAAACUGAUAUCCUCAAAGAGACUUAUUAAAAGAUGUUCUGGCAAAAACUCGACCACAGGUGCAUCUUGUAGCAGCUGCUUUGUUGGAGCGUGAUUCAGUUGAGUUGGAUUUCCUUUCACGAUCAAACUUAUUUGUGUUUUCUUAUGAUUGCUUUUAAAAUAAAAACUAAAAUUCUUGUUCUUCUAGCUGCUUUUUAAUUUAAACCUUUGGAGGAGACCUCUUAUUCUGCUUUUUAGACGGGAUGUUUGCCCAAUUAAAAUCUUAACAUUUUUUCGCAUUUCUAUUUGGUUAAAUGAAAUUGUGAUCCAUAGAUAUACUUUGAACUUAUGACAUGUUUUAUUAAGUUCUUUGUGUCCAGUGCACUUUUUAGGCGACUGUUGUGAAUUUUUUUUUUAAUCCUCCAGCUCCACCCAUGCUGAGACGGUUCCUCCACCAAAGGCGGUUCCUUUCCUUUACUAGAAACCUGCUUGCCUUGUGUUUUGUUUGGGUUGAAAAGCCUGCAGUCAAAAUUAGUUUUUGUGAACAGACCGUGCUAAAAGGAUGAGAAGGCAGCGUAUAAAUCUGUGACCAAAGCAAUUAUUCAUUAAUGGCAGCUCUCUGUGGCCAGUUUAGCUCAAAUGUUUCCUCUGUGAUUGAUCCAAAAGAAAAAUCCAUUUUACGUGAAAUCUGUGGCUUUUAACCAAACUGACUGCCUCGCUCUGUAAGGUCAAGGAUUGAGAGAGUGAAGUUAUUUCUGCUUCCAGUGUUAUUAAAUUGCCUAUCUA